AUGAUCCCAUUACUACUGAAUAGAAGACUAGCUACAGCUGGUUCGAGCUUUGUUCGCCGGAUUUCGCAGACCUCUGGUUUAAUCAAGCUGGAAUCGAAGUCGUUAUUACUCAUCAGCGGUUCGGACUCCACCAAGUUCUUGAAUGGUUUGACAACCUCGAAAUUACUACCUACUUUUGUCAAGAAGAACCAAUACACAAUAAGUCCUGAUGAGGAGGAAACCUCGCUGUGGUUGAAAGAGAAGUUGAAACUUACCGAGGAGGAGAUCUCUAGUAAAAACUGGGGGAUACUUCAUGAGGACUCGUUUCUGGAAGACGGUGAUCCAGAGAAGCUGGGAGUGAGAAGAGAUGGGAUAUACUCGAUGAUAAUGAAUCCCAAAGGGAGAGUUGUUUCUGAUAUCUUCAUAUACCCUACACCGUUCAUUGGGCCCACCAUGGACGGUCCUAGUUAUCUGAUAGAGGCCAGUCGAGAGAAGGCCGCCAAAUUAUUCAUGAUGUUCCAAAUGCACAAAUUAUCUUCCAAGGUCAAAAUUGUGAAAACUCCUGAUAUUAAGAGUUGGUAUUACUUCAAUGAUAGCGAGGUGUUUGCCGAUGUUUUGUUGAAUUUGCAAGAUAGCUACUUCAACAACGUUACGUCAGUUAGUCUGGAAACAGCUCAGGAGUUUGCGAAAAAGUUUGCCGAGGCCGAGAGUAUUUUCUCCAAGGACUUUUCAUUGGCUGGUUUUAGUUUUGAUGACAGGUCUCCGCAGUUUGGAGUCAAGUUUUUAACUUCUGCUUCUGAUGAAGAGGUGGUCAAAGGACUGCAACCUCUGUCUGAUCUGGUUGGUGAUCUCCAAAUCUUACCAGAAGAGACAUAUACUUCCAGGAGGAUCGCAGAGGGAAUAUCCGAGACGAGUGACAUGAAAGCGGACACUUUUCCGUUCGAGAACAAUCUUGAUUUCAUGAAUGGAAUCAGCUACAAUAAAGGAUGUUAUGUGGGACAGGAAUUGACUAUCAGAACACACGUGAGUGGAGUGGUGAGAAAGCGUAUUAUGCCGAUUCAGCUCUUCUCAAUUGCUGGAGACUCGGAAUCUGUGAAUGACCAAAUUAUCCUGAAUCACGAUGACGAAGUGGUCUCGCUUUUGAACAGUUAUGGAGAUGAGUUGUAUGAGGCUAAAAUCGCCAGUGGUAACGAGGAAGAACCCCAGAUUGAAUUGGCAAGCUCGCCCUUUGGUUCCCCUUCCAGUCCCACCAAAUCAAAGAGAAGGGCACCCUUGGUGGGUUCAAUAGUGAGGAGGGAGGGCAACAUUGCCCUGGCCCUGAUAAACCUCAGGUACAUCGAGUUUGACAACUCUGUUGGCAAAAAUGAGUUUCUCUUGAAUGUUCCCGGCGAAGACGAGCCAAAAGUGGGUGUCAAGGUGUUUGUUCCUACAUGGUGGCCCGAGGAUGCUCUAGAAUGA